AGUUGUACCAUUUUGUGUAUUCAUAAGCCCCUUCGGAGGUCGGGAUAAAUGUCAUUCGGCAUUUGAUAAAGUCCAAGUGCGGCUUGUUCUGCUUUUGGUGUAAUUUAUCAUUGGAAGUUCCUUUCAAAAUGACGGAUAUAAUCAAAACAAUAAGUUUGUACCUCUUAAAUGAGCAGUGUUACGAUAACUACUUUGUAAAAUUUGAUUUUUUCGAUGUUGAUUGCUUCAGAAGUUUGCUGAGCAAAUGCCUUGGAUUGGCCAUAAUUGCCGGAUCCGUCCUCGUAAAAGUACCACAAAUUCUCAAAAUACUGCAAAAUCGCAGUGGAGAGGGAAUUAGCGUGGCUAGUGUUCUUGUUGAGAUUUGUGCUAUAACAGCUCACAUCUCUUAUAGCUAUGUAAAAGGAUUCCCCUUCAGUGCAUGGGGAGAUGGCUCCUUUAUGGCGGUACAAACUGCAGUCAUUGCAGCACUUGUCUUCUACUACGGUGGUUCUCCAACCAAGGCUGGAGUAUUCCUGCUAGGUUAUGUGGGUGUUCUGUACGUUCUAAUGGGCGGUCUAACACCCUUGCAUGUCCUUUGGUCAAUGCAGGCAUGCAAUGUACCUGUCAUUUUUAUCGGAAAAAUGAUACAAGCCGUUACAAACUACAAGAAUAAGAGUACCGGACAAUUGUCAGCUGCUACAUGCUUUAUGAUUUUCUUUGGUGCCCUAGCUCGAAUCUUUACAUCUCUCCAAGAAACUGGAGAUCCUAUGAUGAUUCUAACUUAUUCAGUGUCUUCAUUGGCAAAUGGAAUAAUUGUAUUCCAACUCCUUUACUACGCCAAAAGCAAAGAUAAGGCAUCAAAGAGCUCAAAGAAACAAGAUAAAUCUCCGAAGGCUGAGAAAACCAAACAGAAACCCAAGAGCAAAAAAGUGGAUUAAAACAAAGUCCAUUCCAAAUAUUUUACUAAAGACCUUGCUAAAGACUUUCAGUAAAUACUAAAGACGGGACUACGAGUACGCGUAGAAUAUUUAGCUUAAAUUAAAUAUGGUUUAUUGCAAAAUCAUAGUACUAAUGCGAAGGUUGUAUUGUAAUAAAUUUUGAACAGCAAUACCGCACUCACGUAUUUUAAAAAUGAAGAAUCAAACACAAAUAAAAAUUAAUAAACUAUU